AUGGAUGCAAAGGAAAAUAAUGAUAACGACAACAAUGAUAUAUUGGAAGAAGAGCCAGCGAUUCAAUUGAUUGCUCCAGGUAUAGCCAGGAACUUAACACAAGAGGUCAUUACUGGUAUCUUUUGUAAUGUGGUAAUAUAUCCCCUACUUUUGAUAUAUUUCGUUUUAACUUUCCGUUACGUGACUACAAAGAUUGUGCCUUAUGAAUUUAUAGAUGAAAAGUUUCACGUUGGUCAGACUUUGACCUAUUUAAAAGGUAAAUGGACUCAAUGGGACCCUAAGAUAACCACCCCUCCUGGAGUCUAUAUUUUGGGCUUGAUUAAUUAUUACUGUAUAAAGCCCAUUUUCAAGUCGUGGAGCACACUAACCAUAUUAAGAUUAGUUAACUUACUUGGUGGGGUUAUAAUUUUCCCCAUUGUAGUACUCAGGCCAAUAUUUCUUUUCAAUGCGUUAGGCUUUUGGCCCGUUUCAUUAAUGAGCUUCCCAUUGAUGACAACAUAUUAUUACUUAUUUUACACUGAUGUGUGGUCUACAAUUCUGAUAUUACAAUCACUCAGCUGUGUGUUAACGUUGCCAUUUGGCCCCGUGAAGAGUGUAUGGUUAAGUGCUUUUUUUGCUGGCGUAAGCUGCCUCUUCAGACAAACGAAUAUCAUUUGGACGGGAUUUAUAAUGGUUCUUGCUGUUGAACGCCCUGCCAUUUUACAAAAGCAAUUCAACACGCAUACAUUCAAUAACUAUUUGAAAUUAUUCAUCCACGCAAUUGACGAUUUUUCCCACCUUGUCCUGCCCUAUAUGAUAAAUUUUGUUUUGUUCUUCAUUUAUUUGAUUUGGAACAGGUCCAUAACAUUAGGUGAUAAGUCUAGCCACUCAGCUGGUUUGCAUAUAGUACAAAUAUUUUAUUGUUUCACAUUUAUCACUGUUUUCAGUUUACCCAUAUGGAUAUCUCGUAAUUUUUUGAAGUUGUACAAAAUAAGAAUAAAACGGAAGCCAGUACAAACUUUUUUUGAAUUUAUUGGCAUUAUGCUAAUUAUUAGAUACUUUACAAAAGUUCAUCCAUUUUUAUUAGCAGAUAAUAGACACUACACGUUCUAUCUUUUCAGACGAUUGAUCGGCAAUAAAAGUAGACUAAUCAAAUACUUUUUCAUAGCACCAAUCUAUCAUUUCUCCACUUUUGCAUAUCUCGAAGUGAUGAGACCCAACCAGCUCACUUUUCAUCCCAUCACUCCACUUCCCAUCAAAGAACCUGUACAUUUACCUAUACAACUGACUCAUGUAUCAUGGACGGCCUUAAUAAUAUGCACCACGGUCACUAUCGUUCCAUCACCCUUAUUCGAACCUCGCUAUUAUAUAUUGCCCUAUUUCUUUUGGAGAAUAUUUAUUACCUGCAGCUGCGAACCUUUGAUAAAGGAUUUAAAACCUGCUAAGGAAGGCGAAAACCCAAUAACUAUAAGCAGUACGAAAAGGCUGUUCAUGGAAUUUUUAUGGUUUAUGCUCUUCAACGUCGUGACUUUAGUUAUCUUUUCAAGGAUCUCAUUUCCUUGGACUACCGAGCCUUAUUUACAAAGAAUAAUAUGGUGA